AUGUCAAUGGUCGCGUAUCAAAAAAAUUUAUUAAAUGGUAUUAAAAUACUUGAACUUGCUGGAUUAGCACCUUCUUCAUUCUGUGGCCUUGUUCUUGCUGAUUUCGGGGCUGAAGUUACAGUUAUUCAAAAAGUAUAUAAUAAAUCGAACUUUGAAGAAAGAUUAAUUCGCAACAAGAAUGUCAUUUCUGUAAAUUUAAAAACUGCUGAAGGAUUGCAGUCAGUCAAAGAACUUUGUCGAAUUAGUGAUGUGCUGAUCGAUCCAUAUCGGCCCGGGGUAUUGGAGAAAAUUGGUCUGGAUCCUGUUGAAUUAAUGAAGGAUAAUAGGAGAUUGGUAGUAAUUCGAAUAACAGGAUAUGGACAAGUGGGUGAAAUGGCGAGUGCUGCUGGUCAUGAUAUUAAUUACGUUGGACUUUCUGAUAAUAUCCUUCCGAUGAUUGCCGGUCGAUCAAAUAAACAGGCUCCAUAUUGGACUCCUGCCAAUCUUCUUGGUGAUUUUGCCGGUGGUAGUUUUUUGGCAGCAUUCGCGAUUGUUUCUGCUCUUCAUCACCGUGAUAAAACUGGUGACAAUGGAUUUAUCAUCGAUUUAAGUAUGGUGGAAGGUAUUUCGUAUCUGAGUAGUUUUGUAUCAGUUUAUCAAGAUCUUGACGUUUUAUGGCACCAACCAUAUGCAAUAUUCUCUGGAAAUUGUCCUAUAUACAGAACAUACGAGACGUUGGAUAAUAAAUUUGUUGCUGUUGGUGCACUAGAAGAAAAAUUCAGUUCCUUAUUGUUCAGAACCUUGGGCGUCAGCUUCAAGCAAGAAGAUUUAUUUGUAAAGUCAGCUGAAGUGGUAGCUUUAUUAGAGAAAAUUUUUAAAACAAAGUCAAGAAAUGAGUGGACUGAAAUAUUCAAAGAUGUGGAUGCAUGUGUUUCACCUGUGGUUGAUAUAGACGAGCUAGGGAAUAUUAAACAUCAUCAAAAAAGAGGAUCUUUCAUGAAACAGAACAAUAAAUAUAUCCCUCUUCCUGCUCCACGUUUUUACACCAGAGAAGAAUUUGAAUCGCUUCGUGCUGCGAAUAAUAGAAAAUUUGAUAGCUAA